AACGUCAGAAACGUAUCUGUGGUUUCAGAUAGGCCCAACAACCAAGCAUGAGAGAGAAUCGAAGGUUUGAAGUUCUUUGGGGUUUCCGGUGAGUUGCCAUGUUUUCCGGCGACCUUUGGUUUCAACUCAGGUUUCAAAGUUGAGAGAGCGAGAGAUGAAGGCUAGGACCUCCUUUCAAUUCUUCAGCUCAAUUUAGGCGGGUCUGGUCCUGGGCCUGCUUAAAACAAAUUUCAACCCGACCCGGCCCUUUUCAUAGCGGCAUAAAAGCGUUGAGAAAGCCCCUCGAUCACGCGCCACAUAUUCUGGAUUGGAAUGGCGGUGGUGGGCGAAAGCUCUUCGGCUCCGCCAGAACAGAAGCCGGUGAUCGUUAGGGUCAAGCGCAAAGCCAACCAGUCUCCAAUCGACGCUUUCUGGCUUGAAAUCAAUGAGAGGCCACCCAAGCGUCCACUUUUGGAUUUGGCCAACCUUUCACUCUCUGAUUCAUCUCCAAAAGCAGCAGCAGAAGAAUUGAAGGCGAAGAAGAUUUUCGUGCAGCAUGUAGAGACUAUAAGCCGCUUUGACACCACUUUUGACAUUGUCAAAUCAUUUGUGGAACCUACUACGGAUCAAGUGUCUGAAAGUAAAACAAAGAGUGAAGAACGGAGACACUCUUUAAAAAAGGACAAUAAACAAGAGCAGAUUUUGUCUAAAGCCAGACAGACGCAACAGGUUGUAGCAAAAAAUGCCCGUUUUGAACAAAUAUGGAGGAGCCGAAAGGGAAAGACAGAAGAAUCCGAUAAAUUACAGGAAAUGUGUCAUUUCUAUGAUGUUCUUCGUGUUGAUGCCGAUGAAAGAUCUAAUGAACUGAAACAACAAGAAGAGUUAUCUUUGGAGGACCAGAGGAUUUUGCAGAGUUACUUGCCUCUACUCAGAGAAUUCAUCCCUAGUGCGGCUUUAGAGGUUGAAUCAGAUUUGCAUGCUCAAAAACAAGAAUCUGAAGAUGAGUAUGUAUAUGAUGUCUAUGCUGUGAAUGAUGAAAUGGAUAUAGCGGAUGAAGAUUCUUCCCACCCAUUUCCUUUAGUGCAAGUUGAUGAUGAGGAUUUCUAUGAUGUGCCUGAUGAAUCAGAACAUGACACUGAGGAUUCAAAUGAUGAAAACAAUCCAAAUUUUGAUUACCCGGAUGAGGAAUCUGAAGAUGAAGAAGAGGAAUCGGACGGUGAAGCAUCUGAUAAUGAAUCAAAAGAUGAGAGUGCCAGUGACAGAUCCUUAGAAUCCAAGGAUUUAGAGGAACAUGUCAUUUCAGGAGAUGAUCUUUCUUUGGAUUAUGAUGAUGGUGAUGAUGGGGAUGAUGGUGAAAACUGGAUGUGAACGUCAGCUUUUAUGUACACGAUGACUUGGAUCAUUCUACUCUGGAUAUUGCUUUUGCACAAGUACAUCAAUUCUCAGAUGUUAAGUAUGAAUUAGUUGUUAGUUGUGUGAUGAUGUGAAAUACGAACUCCUUCAACUUAUUAUGCUGUUAACACCCCUGAUAGAUCUAGUAGUAGUAGGUUAGGGCACGGAAAACCUUUCUUCUCAUUAUAGGAGGUUCAUCUUUUCAGUGAUUAACCUAGUUAGAAAAUGGGAGAUUUAUGUGGACUUAUCUUGUUUCCAAGAUGAAUUUGCAGUAAUAUUUUUGCACACCCAAA